GAAUCGUUUGCCGAGAGAUUGCUACUGACCACCAUCGCCACCCUCUUCUAUCCAGGCACACAGACUUCCAGCGGUCCGAUAUUCGGGACCGGAAAAUCGGACCAGGCCCCCGAAAACCACCGACACGGAAGAGCAUGCGAAAUGAAUCACCGCAUCACCACCAGCAGGGGCGGCAGCAGCAACGGCAAAACAACACAGUCGACGAGGCAACAGCGUUUCAUGAGAUUACGAACGCCGCCGCCGCCGUCGUCAUCGUUGUUGUGUUGUAGCCGUCAUCGUUGCCAGCCGCCGCAGUCGCUGCCACCAUGUGGCGAAACCGGACCGAUCGUCGCGUGUAGCCGAGGAAAAUGGUUUAGUGUAGAGCAAGAAGCGCAGCAGAGCGGAGCCUAGCUCUCUGCUGGUAUAGGGAAAGCAGGAGCGAGCGCAAAUCUUUCCUCUUGUGUGGACCUCCGUUUUUAAUUUGUCUCGUUAAGUUCUUUCGGUGCUGCGGCAGAGAUUGAGGAGACGAGCGAUUCUGGAUGGUUUUUGAUCCGUAGAGAUAUCGGAUGAAACGGAUGAGACGUUCGAUGUGUCAAUGUGUGUAUGUGUGUCUCGGGAGACAACAGAAAAUACAAAGCACUGUGUGAUAAGAGAAGCGAGCGAGGCCAACAACAAUAAGGCGAUUGGUUCGUGAUAAGAAGAACUUUGCUCGCCCCGGUGGUGCAGUAGUGAAAGAUUUGGAUUAUUUUAAGGUGACACAAACACGCGGCUUUUGCUUGCAAGAAGAAAGUUCAAAAUAAUGAAACCCAGAUUAGGUGGCGGUGGUGGAUCGGCACUGCUAUUGGUUGUGUUGAGCAUAUGUUUGUGGACCAGUGUGGUUCGGGUGAAGGCGGCGAGCACUGAUAGCGACUAUCACUACGACGACGAGUACGACGAUGAGUAUGACGACGAUGGCGGUUACGAUGGCGAGGAUCAAAGUCCGAAGGUGGCGCCCGCUGCCGACAGUGACAAAUGGUCGAGUAAUACCACCAUAACAGUCACCACCACCUCCACCUCCACAACGGCAUCAUCGAGGAUGGGCAAAACAACGGCUGUCCCGAUAUGGAGUGCUGAGGAAGAAGUACGUGAGGAUUACCCGUGUCCUCGGGGAUGUACCUGCGAGGAUGGGACCCGAUUUGUGAACUGCUCUCAUCGUGCGCUCACCGAGCUUCCGACGGAUUUGCCACGCAAUGCAAUCCGAUUGGAUUUCGCCGGGAACAACAUCAAGCAGGUGCCGGUGGAGGCGUUCCAAAACUGCACCGAUGUGAGGGUUAUCCUGCUGGAUCGCAACGUGAUCGAAGAGAUCGUCAAGGAGGUGUUCACGGAACUGGCACGACUAGAUGUGGUGAGUUUAGUCGGCAAUCAGAUUACCCAUCUCACGCCGGACACCUUCGGGGAGGCGCAGUCCCUACGGAAGCUGGUGCUCAGCGAGAAUCCGCUGAUGAUUCCCGAUGAUGGACCAUUUCUGCUACAGGAAGAGCUGGAGGAACUCGAGCUGGUGGGAUGCAAUUUGACCGAGCUGCAUCAUGAGACUUUCAGCGGACUGGAGGGACUGAAGUCGCUUAAUUUGGCGGGGAAUGAUUUUGGGGAGGAUCUCAACACUGACGUGUUUGAACCGCUGGUGAAUCUGCAACGACUGCACGUUCCCUUCCUUUCGGAGGACAACGUUCGCGUACUUUGCGACGUGAUCAAAUCCAUCGAUGUGGUAGACAUCACGGCACACAACAUCAGCUGCUUCUACCUGGCCUCGGAAACAUCGUACGAGGAAAGCAUCAUCACCCAGCGCCCAACCACUCCUGAGCCCAAAAAGGAACAACCAAAAGAAUCUGGCGAUCAUGACGCCAGCCAGAACACCACACCCAAGUCACCAGGCAAGAAGGUGACGAGAAAGGAGAACGAAAUCAUUCCACCCAAAGAGGAAGAGUCGGCCAAGCCGACAACCAUUGCUCCAACAGUCAGGCCCACAUCCAUGCCAUCGCGAAGACACACCACUGGCGGCAGCACUGGACCGGCAACAACCCCCGCCGUCACCAGUACUCCCAUCGUCACAGGGCCCUCGUCAGCCUCGAUCACCCACUCGGGGGGCUCUGGGGAAGCCCCAACGGCGGCAGCCGGUGGACAGGAUGUCGUCAAGAAGGAAUCCACCCCGACGGCGCAGGAUGGAGAGAAAACCAUGCUCGCCUCGAUCAGUUCGGAAACGAUGAAGCAGCUGCUGAUGGGAAUCAUCGGAGCGGGCAUCCUGAUACUGAUAAUCGGCCUGAUCUGCCGACGCACGGGACUCAAGAACAAACUGUGCGGCUCCAAGCGGAGGCCAGCGCCCACAGAUCAGGUCCGUCCGGCCGAGGAGGUUCCAUUGAAUAAAGUUUAGGGCACUAGGAUCCAAUGACUGCAUACUCUGAGAAGGUUUGCGUGUACGUGUGAUAUUACUUAAAGUAUUAGUUUACAAGUUUACAAGCGGUGAAAAUCCUCAGCUGAUGAAACCUUGCAACCUGUAUGGAUUUAGGGCGGAGAAUAAACACAUACAUACACACACACGCGAGCGCAUACACAUAUUUGCCGAGCAAAUACUCCCAGAAAAAUAAAACCGAAUAUACACACAUAUGCAAUGGUAGAAAAAUGUGGGGAAAUAAGUGCCCCGAAAUUAUCGCAAAAAAGGUAGAAAACACGGACAGACAAGGUUUUUUGUUUCUUUGUAAAUAUGAAUUAAAGGUGAGUGCGCGCGCCAUAAAAAUGUAUGAAUCACGAUGACACAUCAUCCGAUGGGGUCUCCGGAGUGAGUGACUGUGAGAGAAAGACAGUGUAAACGAGCAGGAUUGCGUUAUUUCAUAAGCACGUUUUUAGGUGUAGGCAUCCAAAAUAAAAAAAAACGAAACCCUUUUGCCAUGUGUGGAGGGACAUUCCUGUGAAAUUUUGUUAGCACGAUAAGUAGCUUUAACCAUAGGUGAGAUUAGCUUCCAAACGAUUCCGAAAUUGUAGAACCAAAAAUUUAAUCAACUAAUAGCGUUUGUAUGUGCAUUUUGUCUACAUGUUAAUGUAAUCCUUCAUCAGUUCGAUUUUAUAUUGUAUUGCCUCGUUGUAUUUUUUAAAUAGAUACACUCCCGGUGCAGAGAGUACGCAGUAUACGCAGCUAUGUCACAAACAAAUAUUGAAACAUUGUGCAACCAUACAUAUUUGAGAUAGAAACCAUUAGUGUCAACAUUAGCACAUAUUAGUGUGUACUCAUUAUUAAUAUGUGGAAAUCGAUGCUCAAUCGCGAUGACGUUGAUACGAUUGAUUAUUUGAGCAAAAAACGAACUCCUUGACCACGUGCAGACGUGGAUUGGUUCCGCGAACAAAGCGGAAGGGAUACAGCGAAAUAAAUGCAAAUUAUCAUAGA